AUGUCUCCAACCGAGAUUCACCAACUUAACUUUGGUCCCAUCACGGCCCAUGCUUUCAAUAAAGACCGAACACAGGUUGCAGUUUGUCCUAAUAAUAAUGAAGUACAAAUAUAUAUAAAGGCUGGUAAAGGCUGGAAUUUAAUACAUACUUUAGCUGAACACGAUAAACUUGUAACAGGCAUCGAUUGGGCUCCAGAAUCAAAUCGACUGGUUACAAGUUCUCAAGAUCGUAAUACUUAUGUAUGGAACUUUGAUACAGAAACCAAUGAGUGGAAACCAACUUUAGUGUUGCUUCGAAUUAAUCGUGCUGCAACAUUUGUUCGGUGGUCUCCACAUGAAAAUAAAUUCGCUGUUGCUUCUGGAGCGCGUGUUAUUGCUGUAUGCUACUUUGAUGAAGAACAUAAUUGGUGGACUAGUAAACAUCUGAAAAAACCAAUUAGAAGUACUGUAUUAAGUCUUGAUUGGCAUCCCAACAAUGUACUCUUGGCCGCGGGUAGUGCCGAUUUCAAGGCACGUGUUUUCUCGGCUUUUAUUAAGGGCGUUGAUCAAAAACCACCACCAACAGCUUGGGGUGACAAACUUCCAUUCAAUACUAUCUGCGGUGAAUUUUCCAAUGGCAGUGGUGGAUGGAUUCAUUGCGUUGCCUUUUCGCCAAGUGGUGACGCAUUAGCUUUUUCAGGUCACGAUUCUGUCAUCAGUAUUGCUUAUCCCGGGGGUGCUAUUCAAAGUGUUGGAUUGACUAGUUUACCAUAUUUAAGUUUAAUUUGGACAUCUGAAAAAAACAUCAUUGCAGCUGGUUAUGAUUUCACACCCGUAUUAUUCGAAAAUACUAAUGAAGGAUGGAAACUGUCAAGAGUAAUUGAUGUAGGAAAGAAAAAAGUUGUGGGCGAAUCAACUGCUUUUAAUAUGUUCCGCGAUUGGGAUACAAAAGGUAUCUCCUCUCGUAGUAAUAAUGACGACUCUGAAUUGAAUACUAUUCAUCAAAAUACGAUCACUUCGAUUCGACCUUAUUCGGUAAUACAUGGAAAUGUAAAACAGUUUUCAACAAGCGGAUUAGAUGGGAAGUUAGUUAUUUGGGAUUUGGAAAGUCUUUGA